UUACACAGUUCCUGCUCCCGGGCCUGGCAGGCGGGGGAGCGGCACGUGGGGGCUGCGCGUAGCCGGGGGAACUUGCCCUGUGGCCGGCCCCAGAGAGGCGCUGCUGCCGCUGCUGCGGUGUCGGGGGCAAAAUGCAGGAUCCCAAUGCAGAUACAGAGUGGAAUGACAUUUUGCGUAAGAAAGGCAUCCUCCCUUCCAAGGAAAAGAUAAAAGAGCCAGAGGAGGCAGUGGAGGAGCAGGAGCAGAAGUCUGUUGUGAAAACAUAUGAAGACAUGACUUUGGAGGAGCUAGAAGAAAAUGAAGAUGAGUUUAAUGAGGAAGAUGAGCAAGCUAUCAAAAUGUACAGACAGCAAAGGAUAGCAGAAUGGAAAGCAACUCAAAUAAAGAACAAAUUUGGGGAAAUUCUGGAGAUUUCAGGACAGGAUUAUGUUCAAGAAGUUACCAAAGCUGGCAAGGGUAUAUGGGUAAUCCUGCAUCUUUACAAACAAGGAAUUCCCCUCUGUACCUUAAUAAAUCAGCAUUUGAGUGGACUUGCCAGGAAGUUCCCAGACGUCAAAUUCAUCAAAGCCAUUUCUACAACCUGCAUACCCAACUAUCCUGACCGGAACCUACCUACAAUUUUUAUGUACUUUGAAGGAGAUAUCAAGGCCCAGUUUGUUGGGCCCCUGGUGUUUGGUGGCAUGAACCUGACAAGAGACGAACUGGAGUGGAAGAUUUCAGAGUCGGGUGCCAUCAAGACAGAUCUAGAGGAAAACCCCAGGAAACAGAUCCAGGACCAGUUGAUAUCCUCAGUCAGGAGCUCUGUUCCAACAAGGAGGGACAGCAACUCUGAAGAUGAUUAAUUCCUAUACCAACGUGUAAGAUUGAUACAGUACAUUUUCAGCCAAAGCUCAUAUCCAGUACACUGGAUGAAACCCAGCUGUGACACCUUAAUCUUUCCACUGAGGGCUCUGAAUUAUGGAAGAAUAGAUUUUCAAGAUAGCAGUUUUAUUAGCAAUUUCAAGCUUUUUUAUCUACUACAACUUUGUUUAAAAUCCAGAACAGUUUGAAAGACUUUUUUAUAAAUGGAGACACAGUAAAUCUUACCCCGCGUUUUGAAAAAUAGUUAUAGUAGGAAGAGUGAUCCUUUUUCCUCUUCUUUUGGUAAAUCUUUGUGACAGAGAGAGGCUUACAAGUUUAAGUACCAAAUGGUCUGGUACAUAUUGUAUUGAUUUUCAGUAACUUAUAUUCAUGUAAAUAAAUUACAUAUAUCUAAGUUACAAUGUA